AUGGCUCGUACUAAACAAACCGCAAGAAAGUCUACUGGUGGUAAGGCCCCAAGAAAACAAUUAGCCUCCAAGGCUGCCAGAAAAUCUGCUCCAUCUACCGGUGGUGUCAAGAAACCCCACAGAUAUAAGCCAGGUACCGUUGCUUUAAGAGAAAUCAGAAGAUUCCAAAAAUCCACUGAAUUGUUGAUCAGAAAAUUGCCUUUCCAAAGAUUAGUCAGAGAAAUUGCUCAGGAUUUCAAGACUGACUUGAGAUUCCAAAGUUCUGCUAUUGGUGCUCUCCAAGAAUCUGUUGAAGCCUACUUGGUCUCCUUGUUUGAAGACACCAACUUAUGUGCUAUCCACGCCAAAAGAGUCACCAUCCAAAAGAAAGAUAUCCAAUUGGCCAGAAGAUUAAGAGGCGAACGUUCUUAA